CGUGGUGCUGGUGGCGGCGUGGCCAGUAGUGUAGUAGUGUAGUGUCUGAGGAAGAUGUAAAGCCAUCCAGUGUGCCCUGUGUGUCAGUAUCCACUUACUGUAAUUACUGUACACAUGUAGGAAGAAGAGAACAUUGAGAAGAACACAAAGCAUUAGAUUCAUUAGAGUAAUUAAGUGUGGCAGUCACGACAAUCAGCACCAGGCAUCGCCACUCGCCUUGAACUGAACCUUCUCGAGUUCAGAGUGACGUGCGGCGUCUCGGGUAAAAAACCGAAGAUGAUGAACCGCUGGAGACAGAAGAAGCAUAAGCAGCAGCAGCAGGUCCACGUCCAUAUCCCUAACCAUGAAGAUCCGACUGCUGGGACCUGCAUCUUGUGCGCCGAGACUGAAUGGGUUGGUGUGCACGGCGGCGUCGGCGAGGACGGGGCGGAACCAUCCUCCAAUGCCGCAGCCUCCCCCAGUUCACCGACCACACCCCAUAUCAUAGUGUCCGCAGAGGAGGAUGAGGUGACUGACAACGCAACCCCAAAGGUCCGGCUCACUUACGAAAACAACGAGGACCAGUGUGACAGCUCUGCCUCCAACGGACAAGUGGUCAACAAUGGUGUUCCCGCCACAACCAUCAAUGGUGGCCCUCACAAUGAGGAGAAGCGCCCCAAGCUCUCGCUCCCUAUGAACUCACUGGAUCUCCCAGAUCCUCGUCGCUCUUCUGUUGACUUCAACGGCUACAGGCGGACUCGCAGGAACUCCAUGAAUGAGAUCAUGAGGCGUAUGGGAGGCAGCCAGGUGAACCUUCAGCUACCGACCCACCACCACAUGCGUCGCUCCAGCUCCAAGAACAGUUUGGAGCCCUCAAUGGUGGACUGGAGACAGGAAGGGAAUGACUCCCUGAUCGCCUGUGUGAGUGCUCUGUAUGGCAAGCUGUUGGUAGUGAUGGGUAUGGCAUUCCCUGUUGCUGAGGUCAUCUCCCACAACAUCCCCAUCUCCUUUUACAAUGGAUUUUACCUCUACUUGUACAUCGGCUCCAUAGUGUUCCUGGUGUACGCGUAUCUCUUCUUGCUGCAGACCAUCAACAUUCCCACCAGCCAACUGAAGUCAAAGUUCCAGACACUACGAAGCUACGUGCCCAUACCUGAUUUAAACUUGGCGUUCUUUCGCCGCAGGAACAGCUCCAACACCAACGAGGGGACAGGACGACUGCACAGCAAAGAGUCACGUUUCAGUGGCCACGAUGCUGACAAGGAAAGCGACCGAGCCUCCAUCAACACCAUGACCUUCAAGCCACCUAAGUAUGGACUGACCGAGUCCAGCAACCAUGGCUCCAUGUAUCUCAAGAUGGGAGCUGUGUUGUUUGGCAUUGGCAGCAUGAUCUAUAGUGGGCUGGAAGUUGGACAAUACUUUGAGCUACAAGGAGGUGACAGUUGUGCCGAUAUCCUCUUGGUGAUCUCUCCAGCAGCCAGAAUGCUCUUCACUUUCAUUCAAAUGUAUUUCAUCUUCCUUAACUCAAGGGUUGCCAUCAGUCGCCAUCGUAUUAUUGCCAGGUUUGGGCUGAUGCACAUGAUUGGAACAAAUCUCUGCAUCUGGCUCAAUGUACUCGUGCAAGAGACCAAACACGAAAUCAUCAACCUCUACUUCCACGGGGAACACCACGGAGGCAAUCUGUGGGCUCAGAUCUUGAAUGAAGUUCGUGGGACCAACCUGUCGACAGGUCAUCACGGUGACUCAACCGUGUUGGGCAGCCAUGACCACGCUGUAGAGCAUGGCCAUGAGGACGUCCAUGCCCCUCAGUUGGCGGAGCACAGCGACCAUGGCACACCAAUGAAUCAUUCUCAUCUUGAGGAAGCUAACAGUACCCAUGCCCCAGCUCAUCACACCAAUGACCAUGGACAAGUGUUCAGCAUUUAUGAAUGCAGCCGCUCAGAGCUCAUGGGAGAACUGGUUGACAAGGCAUCCCCAUUCCUCUUCCCAUGCACUAUCGAGUAUUCACUGCUCUGUGCUGGUGUGCUGUACGUUGUGUGGAACAACAUAAACAAGCCAGAGGUCACCCGUGAUGGAGACUCUGACAUUUCAACAUACCUUGCCCGGAGGGUCCGCCACCACUACUCAGUUGACUGCGCCCAUGCCAACCGUGGACUCUUCAUGGGCAUCCUCGUCCUUGUACUGACCAUCAUUUCCCUUAUCCUCUUCUUUGUCCUCAUCAAUAAUGAAGCUUACAAGUCUCUAGCCAUCAUGGAAGCCAACAUCAUAGAACUUUCAGUGUACAGCGUUGCCACUGUGACGGUGGUGGUAGGCAUGAUACAGAUGCGGGAGCUGGAAUUUGUGCCUGAAGGAGACAUUGAGCUGGACAACAUCCUGUUGCUCAUUGCUCAGACUGGAGUUUAUAUCUACACCUCCUUCACCAUCAUUGGUGGACACUUCACCAUGAGUGAUGCUCGGGCUGUGAUGGUGCUGCCUCUGUUGUCUGCGAUCAUCACCCUGACACAGACCACCCUGCAGACCAUCUUCAUCCUGGAUGCCACACGUCGCUGCUGCUACAACUCAGAGCAACUGGAGCGCAAACCUGGAAGGGAAAUGGUUACCUUCUUGUUGGUGUGCAAUCUUGCUAUGUGGGCAAUCAACACCUUUGAGACAUCCCGAGCUGAUGCCCAUCCAACACAGCUCAACUUCUAUGGAAUCUGGGCCUGGACCAUCAUCUCCCACAUAUCAAUGCCAUUGGCCAUCUUCUACCGCUUUCAUGUCACCGUCUGCCUCUGUGAAAUAUGGAAGAGGUCUUACAAGCUCAAACAUGAGUAUUGAAUAAGUUAUUAGAAAGCUGGUAUGAACGUGGUGUGUCUGAAUUAGUUGUCAUAGUAUUGUAAAUAUUAUAUUUAAUCUUCCAAUCAGACCAGAUCAAUCUUAUUAAUUUCAUUAAUGAAAUUAAGAACAGCCCUGAAGAUUGCUUUGAAACCCUUCAUGAACUUUGCCACAAAACACAUCAUGUUAUCAAGUAUGUAUAACUGUUAUCCAGUGUGCAUAUACUGUAUAUGACUACUAGCUAUAGACUAUAGAUCAAUCUUUGCAAUUUUCCCUUAAAUUACUUUAGUGAAGGAAGUUUUAGAUAUGUGCACAGGUCUGUGGUUUGUAAGUUUCAGUUGUCAAAAGCAUUAGUGCAAUUUGUGAAUGAUUAUAUAGUGUCUUCAUAUGCCUUCAGUAGCACUUAUGAAUUUCUCUGUGGUCAUGAGUUUUGUUUUUAAUACAGUUGCCUUAAGACAUUCUGAGCUUUAUAGAAUUGUCUUUAGUACAUUUCAAGAAAAUGCAGAUAGCAGCCAGAAAUUACAUGUGGCAACAUUUAUUUUAAAAACAUAAUUUAUUUCUUUUAACAAAGCACAACCAAAACCACUAGAAAUUACACCAAUUAAUUCUUUGAGAGAGCAACUUGUGUGGUAAGUUCUACCAGAAAUAGCAACAUCCAUAAGUGCUACCAGAAAUAUGUACAGUAGAUAACAAGUGUUUGCUGCUGGACCUUAGUAGUACUUGUAUAGUACCGCACUAAAUUCCAGACAAGGCUAAUGAUAUAAUGCUGAGGUGAAGCUUGAUUUUCAAAAGAUUGAUCAAUAUUAUUUUCCUUUCUGCCAUUUCUAUGCAGCUGACAGAAGGGGCAAACACUGCAAAGCUCACAGUAGUAUUCUUGAAUCUCAUAAAAAUGUAUGCAUCACCCUCUCUGAUUUCACUUCAAUGCCACCCACAUUAAUAGUGCAAAAACAUGGGGAUGGAGAUGGCUGGACUACCUCUUGGGACCAUCCCAAUUAUAUCUUAAUUCCCCACUAUUUCUCCUGUGUGUUGUUUAAGCUCCUGUAUUAAAAUACUACUCGCUGCUUAAGUCCCUGGAUACUACCUAGAAAGAAUUAUUUUGAAUGAUAUGAUGAAGUUAAUGGCUAAAACUCUCACUAACAUUUGGAAUAUUCAAGAACAUUGAAUUCUUCCUUGUCUAUUAAAGCUGAAAUGAUAGCACUGACUGGGACCUUUCACAUUAUUUGUAAGGUUUCUUGUAUUAGAGAUCUUUUGAAAAUCCAUUUAUUAAUCUGUAAAUACUCAUAUAGUGUAGCUGGCAUGAAGGUUGCAGUCUUUAUUAAUUAAUUCUGGACUAGAAACAAGUGAGCCACUGCAGUAGGGUUGUUAUGAUUUAAGAAUAAGAAGUCACUCUCAAGAUCAGGACAUUUGCAAGUAUACAUGCUUGCCUAACAAUUGUACCUUAAUAGAAACAGCACAAACAGGAAGUCUAUGCAAGGUUUUGUCAUUUUAUAAGAGUGGGAUAGGUGUAUGUAUUGCAUUGAACCUCCAUGCAUUACAAUCUCUUUAUCCAAUAUGAAACAUACUGUGCUCUUUGGAAGCAGAAUCAUGUGCUGAGUGACGAUGUGCCAGCUUUGGUGAAGCUGACAGUAUUUCAUUUAUUCAUACAUACUUUUUGUUAUAAAAGGUUAUCUUAUAUGUAACAAUUAUUUCUGAAGAUUGACUAAUUUUUGUAGUAUUUAUGACUUAGAACUACGAUAAAAGUAAUUAUGAAUUAAUAUAAUUCCUGAUUUGUUUA